AAAAAAAAAAAAAAAAAAAAAAAUAAAUAAAUAAAUAAAUAUUAUGUUAUCACGAUUGAAUAUUACCAAUUCAACUAAGAAGUAUGUCAUUCAAUAUAGUUUUCGUAAUAAAAAAACUAAUAUACUUCAAGUUCAUGACAACAAUGCUUCAUUACUAAAAUGUAAUUCAACUAUUCGUUUAUAUUCAACUAAUAAAAAAUCACAUCAUUCAACAAAUGAAAAAGAGCCUUUUAAUGUACCAAAAGGAUUUGAGAGUUUCUUCAACAAGUCAAAGGGUAGACCAAAUACAACAACACGACAAACAAAUACGGAAAAGAUACCUCAUAAUAAAAAUACUGAUCCUAAACAACAGUUACCGGAAAAGCCAAAUGCUAAUUUCAUUUUAGGUACCAUUUUGGGUACUUAUCUUCUUUACCAAAUGACAUCACCUACUGAUGAUUCGCAAGAGCUUACAUGGCAAGCAUUUCGUACAAACUUAUUGGAUAAAGGCUUAGUGGACAAACUUGAAGUUGUGAAUCGUAAUCGAGUACGAGUUUAUUUAAGACACGAAGCAAAUUCACUAGGUGUAUCUCCUCGUAUGAGUUAUUAUUUUUCAAUAGGAUCUGUGGAUGCAUUUGAACGUAAUCUGGAUAAAGCACAGAAUGAACUGGGUAUUCCAUUAAACGAACGUAUCCCAAUAGCUUAUCAUGAUGAAGUUAGCAUAACACAAACCUUGUUACAUUUUACACCCACUUUACUUUUAAUUGGUAUGAUUUAUUAUAUAACAAAAAAGGGUCCUGCUGGAAUUGGGGGCUCACAAAAUGGUAUCUUUGGGAUUGGUAAAAGUAGAGCAAAGAUGUUUAAUCAAGAGAAUAAAGUCAAAAUCACGUUUAAAGAUGUAGCAGGUGCAGAUGAGGCUAAAGUUGAAAUUAUGGAAUUUGUUAAUUUUUUGAAAAACCCUACCAUUUAUGAAAAGCUAGGCGCUACAAUCCCAAAGGGUGCCAUUCUAUCAGGUCCUCCCGGUACUGGUAAAACUCUUUUAGCUAAAGCCACUGCAGGUGAAGCAGGUGUUCCUUUCUUUAGUGUCUCUGGUUCAGAAUUUAUUGAAAUGUUUGUCGGCGUUGGUCCCUCUCGUGUUCGAGAUCUUUUUGCGACUGCCAAAAAGAACUCACCUUGUAUUAUAUUUGUAGAUGAAAUUGAUGCAAUUGGUAAAGCAAGAGGUAAAGGUGGACAGAUGGGCGGAAAUGAUGAAAGAGAAAGUACCUUGAACCAAUUAUUAGUCGAAAUGGAUGGGUUUGAUUCAAAUCAACAUGUUGUUGUUUUAGCAGGUACGAAUCGGCCAGACGUCUUAGAUCCUGCUUUGUUAAGACCAGGUCGUUUCGAUCGUCAUAUCACAAUUGAUCGACCUGAUAUUAGUGGUCGGGCUCAAAUUUUUGAAGUACAUUUAAAGCCAAUCAAGACAACCAUAGACAAAAAAACCUUAGCUCAUAAACUAGCCGCUUUAACACCAGGAUUUGCAGGUGCAGAUAUUCAUAACGUUUGUAAUGAAGCAGCUUUAAUUGCCGCUCGUCGUGUUAAAGCAGAAGUAGAGGAAGUUGAUUUCGAAGACGCUAUUGAGCGUGUUAUUGCUGGUCUCGAAAAGAAAUCUCGUGUUUUAUCCCCUGAAGAGAAAAAAACGGUGGCCUAUCAUGAAGCUGGUCAUGCUGUUGCUGGUUGGUUUCUUGAACAUGCAGAUCCUCUUUUAAAAGUAUCUAUCAUUCCUCGUGGCUCAGCUGCACUAGGUUACGCACAAUAUUUACCUAAAGAUCAAUAUCUGUAUUCCAAGAAGCAAUUACUUGAUCGUAUGUGUAUGACUCUAGGUGGUCGUGUAUCUGAACAUAUCUUUUUCGAUACCAUCACAACAGGCGCACAAGAUGAUCUUCAAAAAGUGACCAAGAUUGCAUAUGCUCAAGUAACAGCCUAUGGUAUGAAUGAAAAGGUUGGGCCUAUUUCUUUUACAGAUCCUUCUGGCGAACAAAAAUUCCAAAAGCCCUUUUCUGAAGAAACAGGUACAAUAAUCGAUACUGAAGCUCGUAAAUUGGUUAAUGAAGCUUUUACUCGUACAUUAAAGUUAUUAACAGAAAAGAAGAAUGACAUUGAAAAGAUUGCUAAAUUAUUACUAGAAAAGGAAGUCUUGACUCGUGAAGAUAUGGAAAGGUUAUUAGGUAAAAGACCUUUUAAAGAGCAUAGUGUAUAUGAUAAAUACGUUAGAAAACCUUCUCCUGAGUCUAUAGAGGCGCCGCCAGAUUUCCCCGAAAAUGAUAUAGACGACAACGUAAAAUCCAAAACGGAUAGAAAUUAAAAAAAAAAAAAAAAA